CUUAGGAAAUAAGAUUAUUUGUUUUAAGACUUUGCUGGCUUGUUAUGGACUUAAGAGUUGUGAUUAGCUAGGUGUUCAUUUCCAAUUAAUUCAUGAACCAUUUUUAAUUUAUGAUGCAGUCAUAUCAAUGAGUCCCUUGUCUCUCACGAUAUUAGCCAGGGGCCUGCCAGUUGCAACCUACACAUGUUUUAAUAGACCUUUAAGAGACCUGAGUCUCAAAUGGCUAAUGCAAUGUGAUGGGCUAAAGACAUUACAUGGCCCGUAAGGAUGGACAUCCGCAGCCUCAUUAUUACAUCUGAUGCCUAGUAUUUUUUGUUAUUACAUUUGAUGCCUAAUAUUUUUCAAAGUGGAGUAUUUUCCACCCCAACCUAUUUUUAUCAGUGUUUAGAGAGAGACAUAGACACUCUCACACACAGUCGAGCAGAUGCAGAAACUACAAUGUGCCAAGGAAGCCUUAUUUCCAUCUCACUUUUUCUUCUCUUUCUUGAAGACCUGUGGGGCUGAUGUAGCAGGUUAUCUUCUCUGCAAUGAAGGAAAUCCACUAUGUUGUUGUGAAUGUCGACUGAAGUCUGCCAGUGCCAGUGUUCUGCUGAGCUUUCACCAUCUCUCCAAAGACAAUGACAGCAGGCUUGGACGAGUGGCAGCUCGGUUGAAUGGAAUGAGCUGCAGAACUAAGGACAAGGACGUAAUCCACAAGAGUGAGUCACGCUUGGCUGACAGUUGGGCUGAUGUGUCAGCAGGUGGCUCCUCCCCCUCUGCCCCUGAGGAUGCCUUGGGGCCCUGCUGUCCUGAAUCUGACCACCUUUCUGCUCCUGUGGUUCCCUCUGCAGCUGGCCAGGGCUCAGGCGCUGUGGGCAUGAUGAGGCGUGGGACCAGCCUGCAGAGCCGCCGCAGUAAAGGAUCCGGGUCUGGGAGCGGAGACCGCGAUCCUCUGCUGAAAGGUAGCCCCCAGGCCCCGCACCGCCGCCACACCCACGAUCCACAGCAGCACAUCAGACGUCCACGUUCCUCUUCCCCUGGUGAAACCACACCCAGCAGCCCCACACCCGGAUGCACCGGGGGCGAUGUGGUGCUGUCAUCAGGUUACCACUCCACAGAGGAGACGGACAGGAUUGAGCGGCUGGAGGUGAGCGGGCUGGGACAAACCCCCCUGGCUGUUUCAUGCGGCGCAGACUGUUCAUUCCCUGGAAGUGACGAUGGCACCCCAGACCCUCAGCGCACAAAGCAAGCAAUCGCCCAGCUGCAGCAGAAAAUCCUUAAACUCACAGAGCAAAUUAAGAUCGAGCAGACAGCCAGGGAUGACAACGUUGCAGAGUACCUCAAACUAGCCAACAAUGCUGACAAACAGCAAAGCACACGCAUCAAACAGGUUUUUGAGAAAAAAAACCAGAAGUCGGCGCAGACCAUCCAGCAGCUGCAAAGGAAACUGGAGCACUACCACCGGAAGCUGCGGGAAGUGGAGCACAACGGUAUCCCACGCCAGCCCAAGGAUGUUCUGCGGGACAUGCAGCAGGGCCUGAAGGAUGUUGGAGCCAAAGUCACAGGCUUCAGUGAAGGCGUGGUGGACAGCGUGAAGGGAGGCCUCUCCAGCUUCUCCCAGGCCACCCAUUCUGCUGCUGGGGCCGUCGUCUCCAAACCUCGUGAGAUUGCGUCGCUGAUUCGUAACAAAUUCGGCAGCGCUGAUAACAUCCCCUCUCUUAAAGACUCUCUUGACGACCCCUCAGUUGAAGAAGGUGUGACUGGGGCUGGCGGACGUUCACUGGGCAGCGUUGGGCAUCACCUCCAGCCCAGUCCUAGGUAUGGUAGUGAGGAUGACUGCUCUAGUGCUACAUCAGGCUCAGCGGGGGCCAACAGCACCACAGGUGCCCCCGGAGGUCCCCCAAGUUCCAAGGGCAACACACUGGAGAGGAGUCAGAGCUCCAGUCUGGACAUGCUACUGCAGGAGAUGCAGGAGCUGAGGGAAGGCCAGGCAAGGCUGGAGGAGAGCCUUGAUGGUUUGAAGAGCCACUAUCAGAGGGACUACACAGUUGUUAUGCAAGCACUUCAAGAGGAACGCUUCAGGUGUGAACGUCUGGAGGAGCAGCUGAACGACCUGACAGAGCUUCACCAGAAUGAGAUCCUUAACCUCAAACAGGAGCUGGCCAGCAUGGAGGAGAAGAUCGCCUACCAGUCCUAUGAGAGAGCCAGAGACAUACAGGAAGCAUUGGAGGCGUGUCAGACCAGGAUCUCUAAGAUGGAGCUCCAACAGCAGCAACAGCAGGUCGUCCAGUUGGAGGGGCUGGAAAAUGCCACCGCCCGGACCCUCCUGGGAAAACUUAUCAAUGUGCUGCUGGCCCUUAUGGCUGUCCUUCUGGUCUUUGUCUCAACUGUGGCCAACUGUGUGGUCCCGCUGAUGAAGACGCGCUUGCGCACACUCUCCACCCUCCUCCUCAUCCUCUUGCUGGCCUUCUUGUGGAGAAACUGGGACGCUCUCUCGGGGUACACGCACCGCGCUCUGCAGCCCCCAGGAUGACCAGAUUGAAGCCAGCACAUGUUGCUUUGGUGACACCAGGUGAUGUAACUUUAGCUGCAAUCAUGCAGGAAGUUUGAAGAAUGUGAUUGCCGUCAGAAUGGCUGUGUGGCCAGGCACGGGAAAUACGGCCGAGCACGUAUGCACGCGGAAUCAAGAAAAAGUGGAAGAAACAGAGUAAAAGUUGAGAACACUCAUGAUUGUUAUUUAGCAAGGGCGAGACUGUUUACAUUUUUAAAAAUGAACUAUUGUGUUGCUGUCUCUCAUAAUGCAACAUUGUACUGUUUUUAUCUUUAGAGUUUAAUCAAUUAUAAUGUUAUUAUUUCUAAUAAUAUUAUUAUUUUUUUCAAUGUUAUUUUAUUCAGUACCAUGUAGCACUACGCUCUUCUCGCUCUACAGGACGGGGAGCUUAGUCAGGAAACUGGGUUGGCGAUUUGCUCCAAAGGCCCAGUCCAAUUGUUGAGACAUGCCAAUGGGAUAACGUGGUUGAUUGCCUUUAGGAAAAGAACUUUUACCUAGCUGUGAUUGGUAGAUUUGAACCAACAAGUACAUGUAUAACAUGUAUUUGAAGUUGGAUCAAAACCUUCCUGGGAGUUUCUUGCUGUGAUAGAUAUUUGUUCUUACAGAACAUUUUGAAGGACUGAUCAUGACCUUUGAGUGUCGGAUGACUAAACAAGUUUUGUGCUUCCUUACCAUUUCUAAUAGCAAAGAUCACAUGUUUUUACUUAUUUCCUUUUUUAAGUAAAACAAGAACUGUGUUUAAUGGGGGGGGAGAUUAUAACUGAAACA